UAUCGAUACUUUAAGAUGGUAACGCGGACAUUUGUUUACGGCACAUGUUGAAAUUCUUACCACAUAAUUUAUUUUGCGAACGAGAAAUAUUAUUGAAAAUGGAUAGCGAGGCAGAUGACUAUGAGCCCACCGAUUCCGAGCAGGAGUACGAUGAGGAGGAGCGUGGGCUAUUGGACGACUUGCGUAAGGAGAGCAAGAAACGAGCCGAAAAGUUGCAAAACAAGAAACAGGAGAUUCUAGCAUUCAGCGAGAGUGAUGAUGAUGAGGACAAUGAUGAUGUGGCCGAGUUGAUGCGAGACAGUGAUAUUGAGGGUGCCGAAGAUGACGAACACGAUCUUCCCGACACGAUGGACUGGGGCAGCAACAAGCGAAGCUACUACAGCACAGAUUUUGUCGAUCCCGACUACAGCAGCUACAAUGCUCAGGAAGAGGACAUGGCCAAGACCGAGGAGGAGGAGGCCAAAAAGAUACAGCUGCGUCUGGCCAAGCAGCUCAAUGAGGCUGACUUUCAGCUGGAUGACAUGCUAGAUCAGCUGCCAGCCGAUGAGCAAGCAUUGAAACAUAAGAAGGCCACCAAAGCUAUCAAGGUGACCACAGAUCUGACGGGUCUAACAAAACGCGAACGCCUACAGCUGCUGCAACGCGACUCGCCUGAGCUGAUGGGACUCACUCAGGGCUUUCGGCAGCAUUUGAACGAGGUACAGUCGCUGACGGCACCGGUGCUGAACUAUGUGCGGAAUCAUCAGGUGCCGAUGGUGCCUGCCCUGAAGUUCGCCAGUCUCUAUCAAAAUGUGCUGCUCACCCACUGCUCGAAUGUGUCGUUCUAUCUGCUGCUUAAAGCCAAACGUCAGAGCAUCAAAUAUCAUCCGGUUGUUAAGCGACUGGUGCAGCUCAAGCAGCUGCGUAAUCAAUUGGAGCCGCGCUACGAGUUGUAUAUACGACCGCAACUGGAAGCGCUGCUGGAACGUAUUCAAGAUGGGGAUGCAUUCACCGUACUGGAUAUGACGCAGCGCAAGGCCAAACUGCAGAUCCUUAAUCAAUAUAAUGAUGAAGAGCUGAAUCAAUCUAAUGCUGGCGAGCAGCAGAAGCAGCAACAGCUGCCGAAGGAAGCUUCUGCAGAUGAGGACGAGCAGGAUGAGCAGGAAGAGGAGAAUGCACGACGAAGCAUCACCUAUCAAAUGGCCAAGAAUAAGGGACUAACGCCGCAUCGCAAGAAGGAGCUGCGCAAUCCGCGCGUCAAGCAUCGUGGCAAAUACCGCAAAGCCCUCAUCCGGCGGAAAGGUGCCGUGCGCAGCGUACGCAAGGAAGUCAAACGCUAUGGCGGCGAAAUAUCUGGCAUCAAAUCCACUGUCACCAAAAGUGUCAAAUUCAAAACAUAAUCCAUAUAGCACAUACAUAUAUGUAUAUUCCUUGCAAUUACUAAACAGCCUUACACUUUACAUAGAAUCCUAUUUGCCUUCAUA